AUGGGUCCUGCCGUUCUCUUCUUCCUCGUGCUUGCGGCGGCACCGCUGCUCUCCGCGGUGAAGGCCUUGGACUAUCAUUCCAUGGCCAAACGCUCGACGAUUUGGAUCAACAGUGACGAUUUCUUCGACAACCACAACUACAGCCGCAACAUCCUAAGCAUAGCACAACUCCAAGCUCACUCCGACUUUGAACUCUACGUUGCCGCAGGGUUCUAUUGUGUCUCGUCCAUGUUCCUGUGCGACAAGUUCGUCUUUGCGGUAUCAAUUGGUGAUUUCACCAACACCAUGGUCGGCAUUUACAAUCGGCAGAUCGUCUGGUUCGCCAACAGGGCUCGCCCUGUCAAGGAGAAUGCCACCCUUGAGUUUACCGCAGAUGGAAACUUGGUCCUUCGUGAUGCUGAUGGAACCCACGUCUGGUCAAGCAACAUCUCAGGCCGAGGUGUAGAUGGCAUGAAGAUCACCGAGACCGGCAAUCUGCUCUUGUUUGAUCAGAAGAAUUCAACAGUGUGGCAAUCAUUUGAUUAUCCUACUGACGCAAUACUCGCUGGGCAGUCACUUGUGGAAGGUACGAGGCUCACUACAAAUACAUCUGCAACAAAUAUGUAUAUCACUGUACAACGAGAUGGGUUAUUUGCUUAUGCUGAAUCCACACCACCACAACUCUACUUUCAGUACAACAUGCAGAUUCCAAUAGCCAAGAUAGGAAAUUAUCCAACAAAGGCUACAUUAAUGAACGGAAGCCUUAGCUUCAUUUUGGGACAACAUUUUUUGAAUGAAAGUAUCACAUUACCAGUGGCUCAAUCCACACUACAGUACAUGAGAUUAGAUUCAGAUGGACACCUUAGACUGUAUGAAUGGUCAAGAUCUGCUGAGAGCUGGACAAUGGUGUAUGAUAUACUAGGGUCCAUGGGGAUGGAUGCUUGUGAUUACCCAACAGUUUGCGGGGAGUAUGGCGUAUGCAAAGGGGGGCAAUGCACAUGUCCGCUUGAGAAAAAUUCAAGCUCAAGCUACUUCAAGCUCGUGGAUGAACACAAGCCACACCUUGGUUGCACACCAUUAACUCCUAUCUCUUGUCAGAAAAUACAACACCAUCAGCUCUUGACCAUUCCCAACAUUUAUUACAAUGAUCAAAACUACACAAAUUUUCAUGCAGCAACGUACAACGAAACAACCAUGGAUGCCUGUAAGGAAACCUGCUUGAAGAAUUGCUCCUGCAUGGCCAUUUUGUCCACGGGUCUAAAAUGUGUGUGGGUGACGAAGAUCUUCUCCUUGCAUUCAAUAGAACCUCAAAAUGCUGGUUACAACUCCUCUGCUUACCUCAGGGUGCAACUUAGCCCCUCUAACAGAAACAAAGAGAAGGCACAUCUUAGCCCCUCUAAUGAAAACAAAAGGAAGGUGAUUUUUGGUGCUACACUUGGAGCUGUUACUACUCUUGUGUUGUUUGUUAUUGUUGUUGUUAUUUAUCUACGAAGGAGGAGAAAGUAUAAAGAGAAAGAUGAAGAAUUUGAUUUUGAUCAACUGCCUGGAAUGCCAACGAGAUUUUCUUUCGAAAUGUUGAGAGAAUGCACUGAAGGGUUCAGUAGGAAGCUCGGAGAAGGUGGGUUCGGAUCGGUUUUUGAAGGAAAAUUAGGUGAAGUCAUAGUUGCAGUAAAACGUUUGGAAGGUUCGACACAAGGAAAGAAAGAAUUCUUGGCUGAGGUCGAGACCAUUGGCACCAUUGAACACAUCAAUCUUGUCAAGCUGAUUGGCUUUUGUGCAGAGAAGUCUGAGCAGCUUCUGGUAUAUGAAUAUGUGUCAAGAGGGUCGCUUGAUAGGUGGAUCUAUUACGAACAUGAAAAUAACCCCCUUGACUGGUACACCCGGUGUAGGAUCAUUCUAGAUAUUGCCAAGGGCCUAUGCUAUCUUCAUGAGGACUGUAGGCGGAAAAUUGCCCAUUUGGACAUCAAACCACAAAAUAUUCUCUUGGAUGACAACUUCAACGCCAAAGUGGCUGAUUUCGGACUUUGUAAGUUAAUAAAUAGGGAUCAAAGCAAGGUAGUGACCGUGAUGAGAGGAACACCUGGAUAUUUGGCACCUGAAUGGUUGACAUCAUCGAUCACCGAAAAAGUCGAUGUCUACAGCUUUGGAGUUGUUAUAAUGGAAAUAAUAAGUGGAAGAAAAAACAUCGACGACUCUCAGCCUGAGGACAGUGUCCAUCUCAUCAAUCUAUUGCGAGAAAAGCAACAAACCAAUCAGUUGAUUGAUCUGAUCGACAAGCACAGUGACGAAAUGGUCUCACACGAGGAGGAAAUAGUUCGAAUGAUGAAGCUUGCCGUGUGGUGCUUGCAAAAUGAUUGCACCCGAAGACCCUCCAUGUCAACAGUGAUCAAGGUAUUGGAAGGCACGGAGCGCAUAGAAACUUUUGAUGCAAAUUCAAUCAUGUUUGUUCAAGAUAACCCAUCUACAUCUUCAGCCCCAUCCCGAGCAUCCAUCUUAUCUGGCCCAAGGUGAAGGCUAAUGGGCAGAAGGAAUUUAGCCUGUAUAUUUAUGCUUUUGUAUCC